AUGUCGGAGCUCAGUUCUCAUAUGGACCAUGUGUACAUCGACAAGGAAUUAUCUGCAAAUUUAGAUUCAACUUGCGCAUUUGAGGGUCCAGAAAAGCUACUAGAGAUUUGGUUCUACCCGAAUGAAGAAUCAAUUCCAAAUGGGGGUAAGGGACUACGUUCAAUAUCUGUGGAGGACUGGUGUUCUAUGUUGAAAUUAGUUAACUGUGAGGUUCUUUCGAUCAAGAAAACUAAGAAAAUAGAUGCUUUUUUACUGAGUGAAUCGUCAAUGUUUGUGUUCGAUCACAAGCUUACGUUAAAGACAUGCGGAACCACUACUACUUUGUCCUGCCUGGAAAAGCUGUUUGAUAUAGUAAAGGUUCAAUUGUCGUGGGAUCUAUUAGAUCCUGAACUUAAAAAGUUUCGUCCGUACAAAGUUUUUUACUCUAGACGGUGCUUCAUGUUUCCUGCUAACCAACGUUCGAUUCAUAAAAGUUGGUCAAAUGAGGUAGCUUGCCUUAACAAGUUCUUUUGCUGUGGCGUCUCGUACUUGAUUGGCCGUAUUGAUCAAAACAAUCAUUGGAACCUGUAUGUCACGGAGACUAAUAAAGGUUUGGAAACCUUUGACUCCUCUAGUGAAAUGGAUGAAACACUGGAGAUCUUGAUGACCGGUUUGGACCACAAUAAGGCACAGCAAUUUGUUUAUAGUAGAAACUCGACGACAGAACCUGCUGAUCAAGAAAAUAAUGGCACUAAUCCAACAGGACAUUUGAUGGGAUUAGCAACUAAUAAAUCCACACAGCUGAACCAAAUCUAUGAUAAUAUUACAGGCGUGUCUUGUGCAGAAGACGCUUUUGCUUUUACACCAUGCGGAUACUCUAGUAACAUGGUAGUGGACGAAAAAUACUAUUAUACUUUACAUGUGACUCCUGAAAAAGGGUGGUCAUAUGCUUCAUUUGAAAGUAACGUCCCCGUGGAAUCUCUAUCCGGUGGUAAGAUGAAUCAUUAUGAUGUUUUAAAACAGGUACUUGAAGUUUUUGAGCCCGCUGAAUUCUCUAUAACAUUAUUAGCCAAACGUCCUCUUUCGAAGGAUCUGUUGAAGUUAACAAGUUUGUUUGACAAUGUAGCAGCAUACCACAAGUGUGAUAAAAUUAUACAUGAGCUGGACGACUAUCAAUCGAUCUAUUUAAGGUACAGGCAGGCUAUUUAA